CUCGAAUCUUGACAUUGACAUGGUUUGUCAAAUUUGUACUUUCUAUUUACGAAAAUUUUCGCAAAUACCAAAAUAUUUGAAGAUUGAGGAAGUUUAUUUGUAAACCUUAGUAAACCCAUAUCAGUGUUACCCAUUUCGCUGCUCAUCAUGUAAUUCUAACUGUUUCUAGCCGGUGUCGGUAUUUCUCAAUAUUUAUGAUGAAAGGGAAUGCUUACAGAUGUGAUUAUUCGACCCGGAAUGAAAACCACAAAUGUUGAAAUAUGUAUCUUGCAGCACAAUCUUUGAAUAGAAAUCGUACUUUUUAAAAAUCUGCGUCGACUUCUAUUCAUUACUUGCAAGGAAGUCUAUCCAAGGUCAGCCAAUUGCGCUAGGUUAAUCCUUCAGAUAUGGUUAAUAAUAAACUACUUAUGUCCAUAUUGAGUCGAGAAUUUGAUAAAAAUGUUUGGUUUUAAGAAGUAUGGAAAUAAUACUCCUACAUAAGGAACGAUUUGUGGAAAUCAGAUGAAUUUUUCCAAAUUUUAUACUAUUUUUCAUAUAUAGUCACCUAACAGGUGUUGGGGAGUUACCUAUCAAUAUGUUUGGACGAAGAAGUAAUUUAAAAUACAAAGUGGUAGAAAAUGAAACUGUCUUCGAAGAUGCAGACGAUUUUGAACCAGUCAAAAAAGAUUUUGCAUCCUAUAGCUUUGCACAGACAUCUCUUUUCACAUUAUUACUUAUAGUUGUUUAUUAUAUUCCAUCCAUUGGUUUAACAUUUUACCAGCAUUGGCUCUUUGAGAGUAUUCAUUUUCCAUUAACCACAGUUCUUAUUCACUUGGUAAUAAAAUUUAUCUUGGCCCUAUUUGUUAGAUUAUUUUUGGAGCGUAAACAAGUGAAAAAAAGAAUUGUUUUUGGAUGGAAGGACUAUGUAAUUUCUUUUGGACCACCGGGAAUUUCCAGUGGAAUAGAUGUUGGGUUUUCUAAUUAUGGUCUUGAACUUAUUACAAUUUCAUUGUAUACCAUGACUAAGUCUACAACAAUUGUGUUUAUACUAAUUUUUUGUAUAUUACUGAAGUUAGAGAAAAAAUCUUGGAGCCUAUUUAGCAUAGUUAUCAUGAUAUCUAUAGGUUUAAUGUUAUUCACAUACAAGUCCACACAAUUCAAUUUUCUUGGAUUUUUACUGACAUUGCUGGCAUCUGUUUGCUCAGGGAUAAGGUGGACUUUCGUUCAGUUGCUUAUGCAAAAACAGAAGAUGGGUGUGCAAAAUCCAAUUGACAUGAUGUAUCAUAUGCAGCCUUGGAUGAUUUUAUCAGUAUUACCAUUUGCAAUUGCUAUCGAAGGAAAUAUGGUUAUUGUAAAUUGCCAACUAUUUUUAUCUGACGGUUACAGCACUUUUUUUUAUGUGUUGUUCAAAAUUGUAGCAGGCGCAUUUGUUGCAUUCUUCAUGGAAAUUGGAGAAAUGUUACUAGUCACUUACACUUCAAGUCUGACUUUGUCUGUAGCUGGUAUUUUUAAGGAGGUAUUUGUUUUGGGUCUUGCAAUUUUAUGGAAUGGAGACCAGUUGUCUCCAAUCAACUUGGCCGGUUUAUUUCUAUGUCUAUGUGGUAUAUCGAGUCAUGUCAUCCACAAAAUAAAAGGUGAUGGUAAGAAACCAACAACCCGUCGUUACAUAGAAGACUCAGAACAUCAGGAAUUGGGAGGACUGAUUGAUAAAUUUUCCAAUGCCGAUCUCAGUAGCGAGAGUGACGAAGAGAAGAGCGACAGCCAAGUAAUAUUUGACAUUUUAAAAAGCCGUGAUCGGUAGUGAUCCUCUUGAGUAUAUUUUAUUUGCAAUCUGUGGUAAAAAUGUCGAAUUGCAUCUACAGUUUCAUGUUUUGGUUCAAGCUUUGUAUUUUCAGGUUUCAUGGAAAUGUAUACUUGGUAUUUUUCGUAUUUUUUGGCGAGAAAAAGAUCUCUUGAUUCACUUCGUAUCAGUGAUUAAAACUAUUAAAAAGCAUGCAUUUGCUUUAAAUUUUUUUUUGGAUAAAAAAGGUUAAUAACCCUUAGUUUCUGUGAUGUUUUUGAAGAUAGUGAAAUAUAGUUUUCUAAUCUUUAUAUAUUGAAACAAUUUCUGAGGAAGAGAUUGUACAUCUUGAUAUUUAAGACAUGAUUAAUCAGAGUUAUAAAGUAAUACUGUCCUUUAUUUGAACUGACUGAAAUUGGACAUCAUUUUUUCAAAUUUUUUUUGAUUGUGAACGUCUUUAAUGAUAUUGUAAGAGCAAUUCUGAAUUUGUUAGAUGUAGUAGUAUAUCUGUUAAUAUUUCACAAUCCAACAACUUGAAUGUUUUGUGGAAGAUUGUUGGAAAUUGAUUUCUCAAUAUUCUCCCAAAAAUGAGCAAAUAUUUCUCAUGAUGGCACGAUUGAUGAUUGGAAAAUAGAAAUAUAAUUUAUUGAAUGGACUGCACCUAUUUUAGUUAUGUACAUUGUAGCACUUCAAACUAUUUUAUCCUAAAUAUUUAUUUGGGACUGUGUGCAUAGCAAUUUGUCUAGUUGUAAUUGAGUUUGAUGAGUAUAAAUUAUCAGUUAGAACCAUUUCAAUCGAUUUCUUAACAAAAUUAUGAAUAUAGUCAAUUCAUCAUUUUUUUAUGCCAUAACCAAGCAAUAGAACCAGGUUUUACCAAAAUUGGCCAUAGUCAUUUUGAUAUUUUGCGAAUUUUUCUGUUUGUGCCAUAAAAUAUUUUUCAGCUCAUGGAAUUCACUUCUACAACAGAAUAUCUCAACCUAUGGACCUCUUUGAAACUUGAAAUAUUCUAAUUUUACGCAAAUUUAUGCAGUGAAAGUUGCAAGACUUGAUACUUGAAAAUGAUAUCUGCGCUUGACUAUGUUUUAUGUUACGUUUGACACAGGACAUUGGAAAUUCGACAUUACGGUCGAAUUAACUUGUCCUCUAUUUAAUGUAUUUAUGUUAAUCUUUCCUUAAAGCCCAGUGUUUUCACUGUUGUCUCGUCUUUCAGUCGCUUCAACCUACGUACGCAUGAGUCCUACAUUUGAAACCAAAAGUAAUGACGAUAUGAAGCAUAAGUGCUACUUGUGCUACCUCAACCUUCCAAUGUUGAGGUACAUAAUAAAUAUUGUUCAAUUUGCGAAUGGCGACAGCGAGCACACAGUGUUAGGAAUUGAAUAUAUAGUUCAAUUUUAUUUAAAUCAUUCCAUUUUUGUGGUAUUUACUUUCAAAUGAUGUUUUGCAUAGUACCAAUUUGGCUGUGUGCGUACUGCAGUCAACUGAUGUUCCAACUUUAAUAUGUUCUUGUUUUGUUAUUUUAUCAGAGAAAUUCUCCGCUUUUGUUAUUUUUUCUAAGAUUUAAUAAACUGAAUGUGUUCGUUACAGUGUGUUUUCAUCUAUUGUUUUGGCUGUUUUAGAAGAGUAUUUCACAUAUAAUUCAUAAUAUCGAAAUCUAGUGGUUGUGAAUUCACAAGUGUUUGAUUUUCGAACUACACAAGUUGGUUGUUUUUUGUACACUUGUUUACAAAUAUAUAAUUUUCAAUGAAAA